CCCACCCCAUCACUGCGCUGUGGGUGAUGUCUGGAUCCUACUGCCGGAGUUUGUACCCGUUCAGCGGGGAGCAGCACCCGCAGGGACUGAGCUUCCAUGCCGGGGACAUGAUCGAGGUGCUGCAGGCGGCGCCCGGAGGCUGGUGGCGGGGGCAGAGGGAGGGGUCCUCGGGCUGGUUCCCCUCCAGCUAUGUGCAGGUCCUGGAGAGGACAGCAUCUCUCUGUCAGCUCCCUGUGGAGGGGCUCAGAGACCCCCUGCCUCCUCAGUGGAGAUGCUACAUGUCUCCACAAGGCUGCCGAUACUACGUCAACACCACAAGCAACGAGACGACAUGGGAGAGACCGUCCAGUGUCCCUGGGACCCCAAACACCUGCCUCUGCCACAGACCCCCCCUGCCAACAGUAAAUGGAUUUCACUCAAGUGGUAGUCCGUUGCAUCAUGUGGAACAUUCACACAACAGUGUGGUUAGGAAAAGCAGUUCAGAGCCACAGAGCCCAGGAUCAACAUCGGCCACCAGGAAACAGAACAAGGAAACUACAGUCACGGUUAACUGUGUGACGUUCCCGUCUCUUGCAUGCAUGCAGGAGCAGCAGCUGCUGAAACCAAACGAGUGGAGCUACUGUGAUUUCUUCUGGGCUGAUAAGAAGGAUCCCCAGGGCACCAGCUGCCUCACAGGGUUUGAGGUGUUGCUGCAAAAACAGCUGAAGGGGAAACAAAUCCAGAAAGAGAUGGCAGAGUUUAUAAGAGAAAGGAUAAAGAUAGAAGAGGAUUAUGCCAAGAGUCUCUCCAAGCUCUCCCAGAUGCCUCUAGCAAGCCAGGAAGAAGGGACUGUGGGAGAGUGUUGGGCCCAGUUAAAGAAGAGUCUGGAAGACGAAGCUGAGGUUCACUUGAAGUUCUCCUCAAAGCUGCAGAGUGAGGUGGAGAAGCCUCUUCUGACAUUCAGGGAGAACUUUAAGAAGGACAUGAAGAGGUACGAACAUCACAUCGCUGACCUCCGGAAGCAGCUAGGUGGCCGCCAUGCAUCGGUGGAGAAGGCGCGUAAGGCUCUGGCUGACAGACAGAAAGAUCUGGAGCUGAAGACUCAGCAGCUGGAAAUCAAACUCAGCAACAAGAUUGAAGAGGACAUCAAGAAAGCCCGCAGGAAAUCCACACAAGCAGGAGACGAUCUGAUGCGCUGUGUGGACCUUUAUAACCAAUCACAGUCCAGAUGGUUUGAGGAGACGGUCACCACCAGUCUGGAGCUGGAACGGCUGGAGGUGGAGCGUGUGGAGAUGAUCCGACACCAUCUGUGUCAGUACACCACCCUCCGACACGAGACAGACAUGUUCAACCAAAGUACGAUGGAGCGGGUGGAUCAGCUGCUGCAAAGUGUGGACCCCAUCAGAGACAGAGAGCUGUGGGUGGAGGAGAAUAAGACCGGGGAGAUCAGGCCAGUGAACGUAGAGAUCUGACCCCAGAUGCUCUUCAUAUGCACAUUCAGGGUCUGGCUCCGUCAUGCCUGAGGACCCUCCUGUGAUCCCCAACACAGCGGACUGCUUAGGAUGAACCAAGAUAGGGACACCUGUAACUGUCAUGCAGCAGUGUGUGUGCUUCUACUCUGUGGGGUCAUUCUUUCUUUCACUUGUGUGUCAACGUACACCUGAAAGUUGUUGCCAAAAAAUAAUUUAACAUGAGCUGCUAAGCCAAAUGCAUUCUGACCUAAGAAUGAUAUUUCUAUGUACCAGAACUAGACAUUAGUAUCUUAAAUGACAGAAUUGUUGGCUUGUGUGAGCAAAUACUAAAGCUUAAACUCAGGCACCAUUCCUUACAUGUUUCGGUGUUCUUGAAAAAAGACACCAACAACCAUUAUUGUAGAGUAUUGCUCUUUUCUUUUUAUGUGUUGAGAAGUCCAAAGCUUCUUUCAUCUUUAAAAUAGGUAUGAAAUAUUACGUUUCAUUUCCACCAGUGUUUUUCUUAAUUGCCAAUUGCACUUUAAACCUAAAUAUGUCUUAAUAAAUGUACUUUAAAUUGCUGUUUAUAUGAACAGUUAUCUAAAGAGAAUUUUCUUGUUAAACAUUUGAUAACCCAUCGCAGGAGGGGCCUUUAUGGGGUCUAGAGGGAGACUAGUGUACGCAUAUGGGAUGUGUUUUUGCAAUGAAAGGAAGCAGAAAAGCAAAAUGAUGUAAAAUACUAAUAGUAAAUAGUUUUAAACGAAAACAUAUAAUAUAGAAAUGUCUGGGUCUGUUUAUUGCCAAAUGGAACAUACAUAUUAUUUUAUACAAUUCAAAUAACACCCUCAUUUAUAUUCUACUUUUUUAACCACCUCUUCUCCAGUAUUAUUGCCUAGAAUUACUACUUAAGGGCUGAAGGUUUGCAUUUAUUAUAAAUCAAAUAAAUAUGUGUUAAAACAUC